AUGCCGGAAGCAGUGGUUCAACUACGAUGUGGUGUCAAGAAUGAUUCUUGGGGAAAGAAAGGCAAAGACUCGUUGGUGGCCCAAUUGUGGUCCAAGACACCAGGGAACGCGCCAAUUGACAAUGACCAGACCUACUCAGAGAUGUGGAUGGGGACGUACCCAUCUAAUCACUCCCACCUUCUUUCCACGGGAGAACCGCUGGGAGAGUACCUGAAAAAGAACCCCCAGCUUGUGGGGAAGUCAGUUCUAGAUCGAUGGGGCGCAGAGAUCCCAUUUUUGCCAAAGAUCCUGUCUUUCUCCCAAGCUCUCCCGCUCCAGAUCCAUCCAGACCUGGCAUUGGCAAAGAGGUUGCACGCGCAGGACCCAAAGAAGUACGGCGAUACCAUGCAUAAGCCGGAGAUAGCUAUUGCUCUUUCUAAGUUCGAGCUCUUCGCAGGCUGGAAGCCAUUGGAAGAUAUCAAGGCACUCUGCAAGCUGGAACCAUUGACAAAGUUCCUCCCGGAAUCCAAGACUUUCGACGACGAGACGCUGCGACAGGUGUGUAUCUUGAUGUUGAAGGCAUCACCGGAGACGGUAGCUUCGACGAUCAAAGCGCUGCAAAGUGUCCCCGAGUCUCAAUUUGGUUCAGACUCGUAUAUUCCAGGUCUAUUGGUUCGACUCAGCAAGCAGUACACCGCAAGUGACAAUGGGAAUCUGGUUGCGGCGAUCUUGAUGAAUUACAUGACUCUGGGGCCUGGAGAUUCGGUUUUUGUUCCUGCGGAUAGUAUUCAUGCGUAUUUGGAAGGCGAUAUUGUGGAGUGUAUGGCUCGGUCGGAUAAUGUCAUCAAUACUGGGUUUUGUCCGGCGACAAAACGUGAUAGCGUUGACUUAUUUGGGCAAGCGUUGACCUUUGUGCCUCAUAACUCGACAGAUGCACUUCUGCCACGGCAGAAAAGUGACAAAGGUAUGAAUGGAAAGACGGAUGUCUAUGCGCCGCCCAUUAGCGAGUUCAGUAUGUUAUGUACUUGCCUCUGUGGAGGCGAGAAGGAAACGCACAAGGCUAUUCUUGGUCCCAGUUUGAUGAUUGUGACGAAAGGAUGCGGAUCCAUGAAGAUCCCGGGGGAUCAGACGAUAGAGAUGAAAGAGGGAUAUGUCUAUUUUGUUGGACAGGGGGUUGCAUUGGACUUCAGCACUGAGAAGGGCAUUGCCUUUUACCGCGCCUAUGCAGAGUAG